GACACAUAAUGCUAUGUUAUUUGAUGCUGAUGAAUAUGAUGAAAGUUAUAUAAAAAUUGAUUCAAAAAUGUUUCCUUAUAUUGAUAAUAUUCAUGGAAAAUGGCAUUUUAAUGAAAUACGAGCUAUAUUUUCAAGACGAUAUCUUUUACAAGAUAAAGCAUUAGAAAUAUUUGUUUCAAAUAUAAGUAUGAAUUAA